UAUUUCUUUUGCGAGAAGGGGUGGUCGCGCACGUCAUCUGUCAGGUGCGUAGGUUGACAAGUUCACAGCAGUUGUGCUGUUCGAAUCAAACUGACACAGUAGCUAUUAGAAGAAAGCGAGUAGGCUACUUUGGAUUACAAUAUGGAAGGUUACAAAUACCCCGUUUUCUUCGAGGUCCCCAGUCUGGAUCCAGCACAGAAAGAGAAGUUAGAAAAGUACUUUCAGGUUCGCCGUAAAUCUGGUGGUGGAGACUGCGGACCGAUAGACAAUGUUGGUGACAACGUUUACAAGAUCGCAUUUAUUGACCGGACAGUCCAGGAGAGGGUACUUCAGAAAGCUCAUGUGUUGGAGAUGCCUGGAGGACCUCUCAUCCUCACUCUGAGAGACAGCCUGGAGCCUCCACCCACAACAGCCUCCCCAGUCAGCAGUCAGGAGAGUCACCAGUCCCUCCCAUUCCAUCCCUCCCUCCCUGUCCAGACAUCCCCACCUGGUUUCCUAGAGCAUGAACUGCAUCUAGACUCCUACCUCCUGAGAUACCUGAAGGAGAGCCCUGGGGCUGGAAGAGACCUGCAGCAGCAGCUGUCCUCUGGGCUGCUCUGUCCACCUCCAUCCAGAGGACGGGAGGGCAGUGGUCAGAGGCUCAGGCCAAGCUGGGUCAUGUGGAGAUGGGGUUGGGGUGGGACCAUGGAAGGUACAGGUCGAGAGACUGUUCAAACAGCUCCAGGAGCGGUACAAAUGCCACUAUGA